AUGGCACCGAUGGCCUCGCUCAGCGCAGCCGCUGCUGCCUCUGGUAGUGCCAAUGCCAGUUCGCGCAGCUCGCCUGCGAUUGGGGCGUCUGCGGCCUCCUCGUCCUCGAAGCCCAAGCACAAGGUCAACUCCAACGGCUAUCAUCCUACAAAUCCACCCGUGCCGCUCAGCUCCAUGGUCAGCGCGCCAUUGGAUCUCACCUCGGUCGAGAGACGCGGCCAGCCCACGGCGGUGCGGGAGCCGCUCAAGAAGAAAACACGACCGCACGGCAUAUCAGAAGCACCGACCUACUGUCCGACUGAACACGAAUGGCGUGACCCCUUGCAGUAUAUUCAAAAAAUCGCCCCCGAAGCAUCUCAGUUCGGCAUCUGCAAAAUUAUUCCACCCGAUUCAUGGAACCCCGAAUUCGCAAUUGACACUGAAAAAUUUCACUUUCGCACUCGAAAACAAGAAUUGAACUCCGUCGAAGGCAGUACGAGGGCCAAUCUUACCUAUUUAGAUGGCCUUGCCAAGUUUCACAAGCAGCAGGGGAACAACCUACAUCGUCUGCCGUAUGUCGACAAAAAGCCCCUUGACCUUUAUCGCUUGAAGAAAGCAGUCGAAUCCAGAGGCGGAUUCGACAAGCGAUGGCUUUGCCCGUACGAGGAUUAUCUGCGUCUCGCAAAGCCUGGAGUUCACCAGCAGCUCGAACAAGAGUAUGGCGGUCCUUUGACCCCGAGCCCCGCACCAACACCCGUGAAGCGAUCUACAGUCAACACUCCGAGCAGUGCCCGAGGGGCUUCACCCGCCCGACAAGCAUCAGAUGCCCUCCAGAACAGCGUCGCUGGACCUACUUCCGGAUUUACAGCCAUCAACACCAACGGCGGCUUCACUGCAGUCAAUUCGGGCUUCACCAGCGUCAACCGUUCCACCAAUGGCGAGAGCAAGAGUUACACCCCAGAUUCUAAGCGAUACGACAGCCCCGCUACAUCUACGAGAAAUACCCCCGAAGCUCGGCCAUCGGGUCUCGGCUCCGCUGUUGCACUGAAGCGGCAAUUGAGCGUCGGCAGCCCAGCAGACUCAAUCAAGAAGGAAGCGGAUACCGACAAGGACGACGCUGAUAUGGCCAGCCGGCGAAGCAAGCGCCUCAAAAAGGAUAAUGUGCCUACGGUGGCUGGUUCGCAUAUGACCGUAUUUCGUCCCUCUGUCCCCAGAAUUCCCCGGGAAGAAGGUGCUGCUGCAGGAAACAAGUGCGAAAAUUGUGGACGCGGUGAUGACAGCGGACCUCUACUCCGAAAGCCUGAGGCCGAGUGGAAUUGCCCGCGGUGCUUAGUGGGAGACGGUCAGUUUGGGUUCGAAGAGGGCGGCCUGUAUUCGCUGAAGCAGUUCCAACAAAAAGCAAAUGAUUUCAAGCAGGGCUAUUUUGAGCAAAAGAUGCCCUUUGACGAGACCCUUCAUUGCCAUAGGCCGGUCACUGAAGAAGAUGUCGAAAGCGAAUUCUGGCGCCUGGUGGCAGACUUGGAAGAGACUGUCGAAGUUGAAUACGGUGCCGAUAUCCACUGCACCACACACGGCUCGGGCUUCCCUACCGUCGAAAAACACCCAAGUAACCCAUACGCCACCGAUCCUUGGAACCUCAAUGUUCUCCCUUUCCACCAAGACAGUCUCUUUAGGCAUAUCAAAUCUGACAUUUCAGGUAUGACGGUGCCUUGGGUCUAUGUCGGCAUGAUCUUUUCAACAUUCUGCUGGCAUAACGAGGACCACUAUGCAUACUCGGCCAACUACCAACACCUGGGUGCGACCAAGACGUGGUAUGGCAUUCCUGGAGAAGACGCUGAGAAGUUUGAAACGGCAAUGAAGGAGGCUGUGCCAGAGUUGUUCGAGACCCAGCCGGAUUUGCUCUUCCAAUUAGUCACACUUCUCACACCAGAGCAGCUGAAGAAGGCUGGUGUGCGUGUCUACGCCUUGGACCAGAGGGCUGGCCAGUUUGUCAUUACGUUCCCUCAAGCCUACCAUGCCGGCUUCAACCAUGGCUUCAACUUCAAUGAAGCUGUCAAUUUUGCCCCCUGUGAUUGGGAGAAGUUCGGACAGGCUGGAGUUGAGAGACUGCAGCUAUUCCGCCGGCAGCCGUGUUUUUCUCACGACGAGCUCUUAUGGACGGCUGCCGAAGGAAGCGUGUCUUCGGGCCCGGGCCUUACCAUUCAAACGGCAAAAUGGCUGGCACCAGCUCUUGAUCGCAUAAGCCACCGUGAGCGAGUACAGAGAGAGGAGUUUCUGACUAAGCACAAUGAGGCAUCUCCUCAUAGAUGCCAGGUCAUGGGAGGAAGCGAGGACUCCUGCCCCCUUACUUUCAAGAUUGACGACGCUGAUGUUCAUGAUGAAGAUGAGCAGUGCUGCAGCUAUUGCAAAGCUUUUGCGUACCUAUCCCGCUUCAAGUGUCAUCGUUCUGGGAAGAUCCUGUGCAUUUUUCAUGCGGGAACCCACGCCUGUUGCGACGUGCCGGAAGAGAAGCGGCUUAGGGGCGAGGAGCAUACGCUCAUCUAUCGGAAAACUGAUGACGACAUGAUCUCGAUAUACCAAAAAGUCUCCGAAAAAGCACGCACACCCGAAGCUUGGGAGGAAAAGUAUGAGAAGCUACUCGAUGAGGAAGCUACACCUUCGCUAAAGACCCUCCGGGCGCUUUUGCACGAGGGCGAGAAGAUUCCCUAUGAGCUUACUUCUCUUCCCAUUCUGAAGGAAUUCGUAGACAAAUGCAACGACUGGGUCGAAGAAGCCACCAACUACAUUGUCCGAAAGCAGCAGAACCGCCGGAAGAAUGAGAAGGUCUGGCAAAGUAACGGGCGUCGCGGAAGUGCCAAUAAUGAUCAGAAAGACAAAGACAAAGACAAAGAGUCGCGCCACGUAAGCAAUAUCCAUCGCCUGCUUACAGAAGCAGAGCAUAUUGGGUUUGAUUGCCCUGAAAUAGCACAGCUUCAAGAGCGGGCGGCCGCCGUGAAGCAGUUUCAGGAUAAUGCCACUACCAUUCUCAAACAAAAUAUCGCUCACCCCAUCGAGGCUAUUGAGGAGUUGAUCGAAGAGGGACGUGGCUUUAACAUAGACACACCAGAGCUGGAGGCCUUAUGUCGGAGACUCGAAGAAUUGCGCUGGAACGAGAAGGCUAGGACCAGCCGCGGCAAAUUUUUGCUGUUGACAGAAGUGCAAGAAAUCAUUGAAGAAGGGAAGCGGCUAGAGAUUCCUAGCUACAAUGACCACCUGAAGUACUACUGCGACAAAUUGGCGGCUGGCCAAGCCUGGGAGGCAAAGGCUAGAGAACUAACCCAUGCUGAGUUUGUUCACUACCCUCAGCUGGAGGCACUCACGGCUCAGGUACAAGCCAAUGCUCUUCCUGUCUCUCGCGAGACGCUGGCUGCCGUCGACCAGAUACUCCACAAGCAGCGUGAGGCACAUCGCCAGAUCAUUGACAUUACCGAUCGGUGCCGCGACCCUGAUUAUACAAAGCGGCCCAAAUACUCUGAAGUUCUCGAGAUCACAAGGAAGCUGGAUGACCUCAACUCGAAGCCCACCGGCACUGUCGACCUAGAGAAUGAGCGAAAGCGUCACGAGGAUUGGAUGCGAAGGGGCAAAAAGCUCUUUGGAAAGUCCAAUGCACCGCUGCAUAUUCUUAAAAGCCAUCUAGAGCAUGUCCUUGAGCGGAACACAGACUGCUUCGAUACGGACCACGACACUCCACGCCUUCCAGGAGAGCCCGUUUCAAGAGAAGCUAGCCCGGAGGCUGGAGGAAACCGGUGGGAAGACCCACGAUCGAGGCAAGUGUUUUGUAUCUGCAGAAAAAUCGAAGCUGGCAUGAUGAUUGAGUGCGAGCUGUGUCAUGAAUGGUACCACUACAAAUGCCUAAAGAUUGCCCGUGGCAAAGUAAAGGAGGAUGACAAAUAUACUUGCCCGAUAUGUGACUGGAGGAUGAAGAUUCCUCGCGACGCAUCUCGACCUAAACUAGAGGAUCUUACUUCUCUUGCCGACGAGAUACCAAGCUUGCCCUUCCAACCGGAAGAGGAAGAAGUUCUUCGGCAGAUUAUAGACAAUGCGCAAAACUUUAGAGACAAGAUUGCUCAGUACUGCAACCCGCUUCUUUCGACAGAAGCUGAGGCCGAAACCCAGCGAUUUUUCCUCCGAAAACUUGAAGGUGCAGAGAUUCUGCUAUCAUACGAGACCAACUUCUUCCGCCAGGAGCUUCACAAGUGGUGUCCGGUUGCGCCGGAGCCACCGCCAAUUCUGCAGGUUUCUCUGAGCACGCGCAAGCCUCGCCCAACGAAACUGCAGAAGAUGCUGGUGGAAUACGGAGUUGACAAUCCAGAUGACCUACCGGAGCACGCAAAAGGUAAGGCCAAUAGCCUGCGGCGGAAAGCGGCGAAUGCGGAGGCGGCAGCAGCAGCAGCUCAAGCGACAUCGGCUAUGCCCAGCGUACCCAAUCCACACAAUGCAGCGUACGGGCCGCAGGCUUACUUUUCUCGCGCAUCUCAUUCAACUACUCCAAGCAUCUCUGCCAACUCGCAUGGACACGGGGAUGAGAAGUCUGAGUCGGCCUCGGAAAACGACGGGCUCAAGCUGGGGUCCGCUGAAGCAGAGAGUAACUUGCAUCCCAGUUUCUUGCGCGCAGGCAGCUCUCACUUGGCCGCUGAUGACUCGAGCAUGUCACUUGAGGAGCGGUUUAUGCGUGGCCAAGAUGACGCGGAUAAGAACAAGGACCUUGGAAUGUUUACUCGCUCUGAGCUGGGGAGAGACCAAGCUGAAGGGGUAUGGGGGUCGGAUGUCUGGAGCAGUAGACAAAGAUCUAUGAGUGAGCAUGGGCGGUCCAUGACUCCGGCUGACUUGGACGAAAACAUGAAACACGACGAUGGCAAGGUUGACCAAAUGUUUAAAGAAAUGACGAAUCAAGACGAAGACGAAGAUCAAAAGAAGAAGGAUACCACGAUGACGAACGGAAACGUCACAGCAGACUUAUUAGAAAGCGAGAGGAACGGGUUGGAUGCGAUGUUGGACGGGGAGUAG